UUGCUUCUUUUUUUAAAGAUAUUUUCAGUUUGUGGUGCGCUAACAGGAAUUUCAUUCGCUUGGGGAAUUCAAACAUCUUUACGCCUUAUUCGAGCAAAAAAUAUUGAAGAUAUAGAUGCAAGAUUGAACAACGGUGUAGCACUUGCUAGACGUGCCUUAUUCCUCGCAACCGUUAUUUCAGUUUCUGGUUUUGGUUUAUUUAUUCUUGGAAUUUCGGCAUCACUUGAAGUUGAUACACCUCGCCAAUUUGGUGAUAAAAUGAAAAAUGCGUUCGGCGACAGAUUCAAAUUGAAAAAAACAACUGUCGAAAAACGAUAUCCAAGUACAAAUUUCGUAAAAGAACAUCCAACACAUUCUUCGGCGAUUUUGCUCAAAGAUCGUCGUCAUUGUCAACGAAGUUUACCAUCGACUCGUCGUGCUCUUUUUAUUAUCGCUCAUCCAGAUGACGAAUCAAUGUUUUUUGCUCCAACUAUUAUUGGUUUGCGUCAGUCGGGUUCAUCAGUGUAUUUACUCUGCAUAACAGUUGGUGAUCACGAUGGCUUAGGACAAAAAAGAAAGAUUGAAUUAUCCCAUGCAGUAAAUAUUCUUGGUAUAUCAGUUAAUAAUCUUAUGAUUAUGAAUUAUGAAUCGUUUCGUGAUGGUUUUGUAUCAUGGAAUCGGGAAAAACUGGCCGAUAUAAUUCUCCGACAUAUCCAAAUACUGGACGUGGAUACAGUUGUAACGUUCGAUGGACGAGGAGUUAGUUCACAUCCGAAUCAUAUUGCAUGCUUCAGAGCUGUUCAGUUGCUUUAUUCGAAUGGAUCUAUUCCAGCCGAUGCUCAAGUGUUUGUACUAGAGAGUGUUCCAGUAUGGAGAAAAUAUAUAAUAGCCUUGGAUGCAGCGAUUAGUUCAUUUCAUUCAACGUUCCUUUAUGUAUCAUCAUUUUCGGCAUAUAUUUGUACAUGGCGUGCAAUGUUGGCUCAUUCAUCACAGAUGGUGUGGUUCAGAUAUCUUUAUUUAAUAUUUAGCCGUUAUAUAUUAAUAAAUACAUUAAGAAGAAUUCAUUUACAGCAAAGAUAUUAUGUUUACAAAAAAAAAUUAUAA